ACAUUGUGCUUUUCCCCCUCACAGGACCAGUGUAACAAUGUCUCCCCGCGAUGCCUGCUGUGGUCUCAUCGUUGUCUCCUCCCGGAGUCCAGUUCCUCUACAGGGGAUCUCGGUGGACAUCCAGGUGAAAGGCUUCGUGGCCGAUGUCUCCGCCACACUCAGGUAUAAGAACCGGGAGGAGAAGGCGGUGGAGGCCGUCUUUGUGUUCCCCAUGAAUGAAGACUCUGCUGUCUACAGCUUUGAGGCGACCAUAGAAGGGAAGAAGAUCGUGGCGGACCUCCAGGAGAAGAAGCAGGCUAAAGAAACCUACGAUGAAGCCAUGAGCAAGGGUCAGCAGGCGUUCCUAUUGGAGGAGGACGAGAGCUCUGCCGACGUAUUCAGCUGCAGCGUUGGGAAUCUACCCCCCGGGCAGGAGGCGGAGGUGACCCUGAAAUACGUGCAGGAGCUGCCUGUGGAAGCUGAUGGAGCCGUGCGUUUUGUGCUUCCCGCUGUCCUCAACCCCAGAUACACCCCAAAAGACCAUGAUGUGAGUGUGACCGCCACACGCCCGCAGGUGCCUAUUGGACAGAUCCCGUACACCCUGAGCCUGAGCGCUCACUUCCAGUCUGCGUACGGCAUCGCCAAGAUAGAAUCUAACUGUGACAUCACCCCCGUGCAGUAUACGGAUGGCGACAAGACUGCAGCCAAGGUGUCGCUGGCAGAGGGACACAAGUUUGAGCGAGACGUGGAGUUACUCGCUUAUUACACGGAGGUGAACAAACCUAGUGUCACUGUGGAGGCGGGGCUUGAGUCUACGCAGGAAUCAGGACCGGCUUCAUCAGGAUCCAUUAUGACGGACUCUGUUGUGAUGUUGAAUUUCUACCCCAGUUUUCCGGAGUCCCAGGAACAGUCCAGCUGCGGAGAGUUUAUAUUUGUUGUGGACCGGUCUGGGAGUAUGGAGUGUGGCAUGAACUCCGAGCCUAACGCUCCACAGCGGAUUCAGAGCGCUAAGGAAACCCUGGUUCUUCUAUUGAAGAGUUUGCCCCUUGGAUGUUACUUCAAUAUCUUUGGAUUUGGGUCUGACUUUGAGUCCUUCUUCCCGGAGAGUGUGCAGUACACACAGACAUCUAUGGAGGAGGCUCUGAAGAAGGUUAUGGUGAUGGAAGCUGACUUAGGAGGGACAGAAAUUCUGCAGCCUCUACAGAAAAUUUACAAAACAGCCGGGAGACGAGAGCACCCCAGACAGCUUUUUGUCUUCACGGACGGAGAAGUUGGGAACACAAAGGAAGUUAUAGCGGAAGUCCAGAAAAACUCCCAUAACCACCGGUGUUUCACAUUCGGGAUUGGGGAAGGAGCUUCUACGUCCCUCAUUAAAGGCAUGGCCAGAGCUGGGAGUGGAACGAGCGAGUUUAUCACCGGCAAAGACAGAAUGCAGCCCAAGGUUCUUCGAGCCCUAAAGUGCUCCUUACAGCCCACCGUGAAGGACGUCUCUCUGACAUGGACCCUUCCUUCCGGAGUGGAAGCCGUUCUCCUGUCCCUGAUCCCCACCGCCAUCUUCCAGGGUCAGAGGUCUAUAGUGUACGCCCAGCUGAAGGGAAAGGUGGAGAAUGCAGCGGAGGGUGACGUCUGCCUGCAGUACAAGUUUAAAGAUGACGUUUUAAAGAAUAAUCUUCAUUUCCCACUUACAAUUGAGAAAGCUGAAAGACCCACCAUCCACAGACUGGCAGCCAAAGCCGUGAUCUCUCAGCUGGAGCAUGGAACUGAUUCAGACUCUGAGGAGGUAAAGAAGAGAAUCUUGGAGACCAGUCUGCAGUCCGGAGUCAUCUCCUCUCUUACAGCCUUUGUAGCUGUCAACAAGGACUCUAAGACGCUGGUGGAGGGCACUGCAGUGCGCAGGGACAUCCCGGCUCCAGUCAAAGAAUUCCCUCUUAGGUGUGAAGUAUGCGGUGGAGCCAUCUGCAGAGCCCUCCACGCACCUGCAGGACACUCCUGUUUGAACAGCUCAGAUUAUACAGGUAAUGUCACUGGUAACCAGAGACCUUGUACGUCAUUUCACCUCUCCAAAGGGAACCUUGCUAACAUUCCAUUACUGAUGUCUGUUUUCGGUGGAGUCUGAACCAGUGUCUCAGAA